UCUCCACCCCUUCUGUGUCCUCCGUUCCCCUUUGGGGUGGCCUCGGCGUGCAAAAUGUCUUGGCGCAGUACUGGCCGGGCCCUCCGGGCGCUGCUGCUGCAGACGCUCGCCCCGGCCGCUCCUCUCACGCCCCGGGGACCGGCUGCCUCCUACGGUACUUCGGUAAAAUCUGCUAAAAUCCAAGUGAAUGGAGUCCAUCUGCAUUAUCAGCAAACAGGAGAAGGAAGCCAUGCAGUUCUUCUGCUUCCCGGAAUGCUAGGGAGUGGUCAAACUGAUUUUGGACCACAGCUUAAGUCCAUGAAUAAGCAACUUUUCACAAUUGUUGCUUGGGAUCCUCGGGGAUAUGGACAGUCCAUUCCUCCACCUCGAGAUUUUCCUCCAGAUUUCUUUGAGAGAGAUGCAAAAGAUGCUGUGGAUCUUAUGCAGGCACUGAAAUUUAAGAAGUUCUCUUUGUUGGGGUGGAGUGAUGGUGGAAUCACAGCACUCAUUGCAGCUGCAAAGUAUCCAACUCUUAUCCACAAGCUGGUUGUCUGGGGAGCAAACGCCAGCGUUACUCAAGAGGAUGUGAAAAUUUAUAAUGGCAUCCGAGAUGUUUCGAAAUGGAGUGAAAAGGUCAAGAAACCACUGGAAGAGAUGUAUGGGCAUAAGUACUUUGCAAAAACCUGUGAGGCUUGGGUAGAUGGAAUAUCUCGUUUUGCUGAAAAAUCAGAUGGUAGUAUCUGCCAAGAGUUGCUGCCAGAUAUUAGAUGUCCCACAUUUAUAAUUCACGGUGAGAAAGACCCUUUGGUUCCCCAAGCUCACGCAGAAUACAUUCACAAGCAUAUCAAAGGCUCUCGGUUGCUUCUGAUGCCAAAAGCAAAGCAUAACCUACACCUGCGUUUUGCAGAAGACUUCAACAGACAAGUGGAAGAAUUCCUACGCUGACUUAAACUGUAAAAAAAAGUUAGAGGAGUUUGACCUUGCCUGGUUUGGGAAUUCUAAUUGACUUUCCAUUUUCAUUCAAGUUAGAGGUAGGUUUGAGCUGUGUAAGAAAAAAAACAUGAAAAAUAUUUGCAUGAGAAGCAUGAACUUUGUGAAUAUGUAAGUGUCGGUGCAUCAGGGUGCACUCCUGUGCUGCAGGAUAUGUCUUUAAAUUUACAUCUUGCCACAUGGACCAAAUACAUGUCCUAUGUCCAGUAGAGGUGUUAAGAAAGACAGAAAACAUGAUCUAGAAUACAUGCCUUUAUGUGCUCUUAACAAUAAACAAAAACAUUGGAAUAACUGGGA